GUUAACCUCGAGGAUAAGCCGCCCACAUGGCAAAGUCUGUGUUAAGUUACUGAUGGCAUCUAGCACUGUAUGCAGCUCAGGAAAGGAGGCUCCCUCUGCAGUGGCCGUGUACUGUGGAGCCAGCACUGUCAAGAAGAGCAUCUUCCCAGAGAAAGCUGCAGGACUUGGUCGUUGUCUAGCAGGACGCGGUAUCAAGGUGGUGUUUGGAGGGAGUGCCUUUGGUCUCCUAGGGACACUAGCCGAUGCUGUACUGGAGGGAGGGGGCCAACUGACUGGGAUCAUACCCGAGUUUUUCACUCGUUAUGACGGCUACACUGCUCCUGGGGAGGAAAUCAUUGUUCCAGAUAUGCACACGCGCAAGAAAUUAAUGUAUGACUCAGUGGAGGCUUUCAUUGCCUUGCCUGGGGGCGUGGGAACCAUGGAGGAGCUUACUGAGAUGCUCACUUGGUACAAACUGGACCUUCAUCAAAAACCCAUCGGCUUGCUCAAUGUGGACAGCUACUACGAUCACUUCAUUGGCUGGCUGUCUCGUGCUAUAGAGGAGGGGUUUAUAACGCACGAGGGCUCAGUGGACAGUCUGUUAGUGAUCUCAGAGGACCCAGCUGAUCUGGUGGAGAAGCUGUGCUCAAAAUGGAGGGACUCUCGCAAACUAUCUGAAAAACAAUCAUAAAUCUAGUACUAGCUAUAGUUCUCUUUGUCCUAUAUACACUGUUCAUUUCUAUUUAAUUUUUUGUGCACAUUAAUUAUUUUUCUGUGUUAGUGUGUAUAUAAUGAUUAUAUGUAUACGAAAACUUCUAA